AGUCGUGACCGGAACGCUUUUGCCAACGUCGUGUACGGCUAAUAUGCGCCGUGCACGGCCCACAAGCUGCACAUAUACAUGCGGCUGCUACGUUCACCAAUCACCAGGCAAAAGCUUCCAUUCCGCAUAGACAUAGGCCUGGAUCCAUGUCCUUGACGAUGAACCGUCGCAAGCCAUUAUUGCCAUCGCCAUUGCUGCUUGUGCUCCUCCAGCUCCUGGCCGUGAGCCCGCAGCUGAUGCUGAUCCCUUCGGCGGAUACGUUCACCAAUCACACCACGGCGCUGCCGGAGUGUUUGCGUGGCCAGGCGGCGGCGCUGCUCCGGCUGAAAAGAUCUUUCUCCACCACAAACCGCUCCACCAUCGCCUUCCGGUCAUGGAGGUCCGGCACGGACUGCUGCCGUUGGGAAGGCAUCAGGUGCACCACCGGCCGCGUCACGUCCCUCGAUUUGGGCGAUCGUAAACUCGAGAGUCCCCAUCUCGAUGAUGCGCCCUUCGUCGAGCUGACCUCCCUGAGGCGUCUCAACCUCGCCGGAAACGACUUCAGCAUGUCCGCGAUACCAUCCACCGGCCUCGAGCGGCUCACCAGGCUCACCCACCUCAAUCUCUCCACCACCAACUUCUCCGGCCAGGUGCCGCGCAGCAUCGGCCGCCUCACCAGCCUGGUCUCGCUCGACCUCUCCUUCGGUUUCCAGCCAUCACUUGGGCCGUUCCACGUCGACGGCAAGUUCCAUGCCGAUUUAACUCGCCGACGGCAGCUCACACUACCGAACCUGUCAGCUCUACUUGCAGACAUGGGCGGCUUGAGGGAGCUCCGUCUUGGCUUCGUGGAUCUCUCCGGUCAAGGGGAUGAGUGGUGCGCCGCUCUCGCCAGGUACACCCCGAAUCUCCGUGUUCUCAGCAUGCCGUUCUGCGAGCUCCAUGGCCACAUAUGUGCACCGUUCGCCGGGUUGCGGUCACUCUCCGUGAUUGAUCUGCAGCACAAUCGUUUGACCGGUCCGUUUCCGGAGUUCAUCGCCGACUUCUCCUCCCUGAGCGUGCUCCAACUCAGCUACAACGACCUCCAUGGAUGGGUCCCUCUGGCUAUCUUUCAGCACAAGCGGUUGGUGACUAUUGACCUUCACCACAUCCCUGGUUUGUCUGGUACUCUGCCAAAUUUCUCGGCUGAUAGUAACCUGGAGAAUUUGCUUAUCGGCAACACCAAUUUCUCCGGCGCAAUCCCAAGUUCGCUGGGCAACCUCAAAUCUUUGAAGAAGCUAGGCCUCGGUGCUCAGGGCUUCGCCGGUGACCUGCCCUCAACGAUCGGCGAGCUCAUAUCCUUGACUGCGCCAAAGGUCUCUGGCUUAGAGGUAGUAGGGCCGAUGCCGCCAUGGAUCACAAACUUAACUUCCCUGGAGGUCCUCGAGUUUUCCCGUUCAGGCUUGCACGGACCAAUAUCAUCUUCCAUAUGCAAGUUACCAAAACUGAAAAUAUUAUCACUUCACACGUGUGGUUUUUCAGGGGAAAUACCACCAUGUAUCUUCAACCUGUCUCAGCUAUAUACCUUAUUGCUUCACUCGAAUAAUUUUAGCGGUCAGGUGGAGCUUAACUCGCUAUGGAAAUUACCGAGCCUAUCACACUUGAAGCUCUCAAACAACAAACUAAAUGUAAUAGAUGGAGAAGAUAAUUCUCCGCCGGUAACUUUCCCAGACAUAAAGCUCUUAGAUAUAGCAUCAUGCAACAUAAGUAAAUUCCCCAGUGUCUUGAAGCGUUUAAAUGGGAUUUAUGCGCUUGACCUAUCAAACAACCAAAUCCAUGGGGCCGUGCCUCAGUGGGCAUGGGAAACAUGGACACAUUCACACCUUUUUUACCUAAACUUGUCACACAAUAUGUUUACUGGUGUUGGGUAUGACAUCUUUCUUCCUUUGCAGUUCAUGGACGUAUUGGAUCUCAGUUUCAACAUGUUCGAUGGGCCAAUACCUAUACCCAAAUCUUCUGUCAGCGUGCUAGAUUACUCCAGCAACCAUUUCACACUCUUGCCAAAUAAUAUUUCUACUCAACUCGAAAAAACUGUCAUUUUUAAAGCAUCAAGAAACCAACUGUCCGGGACUAUUUCACCAGAUUUCUGCAGUACAAAGAUACAAUUUCUCGACCUAUAUUACAAUAUCCUCGGUGGUUCAAUCCCUUCAUGCAUAAUGGCGGACACAAAUGCACUGAAGGUUCUAAACCUGAAAGGAAAUCAGCUUCAAGGUGUGCUACCUCAUGAUAUCAACAAACACUGCAUGCUUGAGGCGAUAGACUUCAGUGACAACUGGAUCCAAGGACUGCUGCCCAUAUCUCUAGCUUCUUGCAGGAACUUGGAGGUCCUCGAUAUCGGAAACAAUCAGAUCAAUGACUCUUUUCCAUGUUGGAUGAGUACACUUCCUAGCCUUCAAGUACUUGUCCUAAGUAAUAACAAAUUCUUCGGACAUGUGGCACCAAAUGUUGCUAAAGGUAAAGGCAUUUGUGAAUUUCAAAGUCUGCGGAUUCUUGACAUAGGCUCCAACAACUUCUCAGGGGCAUUGCCAUGGGACUUCUUUAUAAAACUGAAGUCCAUGAUGGUUAACACUGCAAAUGGAGCACUAGUGAUGGAAUAUCAAGCUGACCUACAAAGGCUACAACAAGAAUAUCAAGUUGCAACUUCACUCACAUACAAAGGGAACUCCAUCACCUUUGAGAAGAUCAUAAGGACCCUUGUAUUGAUUGAUGUUUCAAACAAUGCAUUCCAUGGUAGCAUCUCCGAGGCUAUUGGAGAACUUGUUUUGCUCAACAUUCUCAACAUGUCACACAACUCCUUGACGCAAUCAAUUCCAUCCGAGCUCGGUCGUCUGAAGCAACUGGAAUCUUUGGAUCUCUCCUCAAACGAGCUAACAGGAGUGAUUCCGCAAGAGCUAGCAUCUUUGGACUUCCUCACGACGCUGAACUUGUCUGACAACAAUCUGAAGGGAAGAAUACCAGGAUCACCUCAUUUCAUGACAUUCCCUAAUGGCUCAUUUGUGAGGAAUAAUGGGUUAUGUGGUCACCCGUUAUCCAAAAAAUGCAGCAAUGCGACAACAUCAAAUACGGCAUGCAGUCCUUCCAAGGAUAAACCUGCCGACAUUAUGUUAUUUCUCUUUGCUGGGUUCGGAUUUGGUGUUGGGUUUGCAGUUGUGAUUGUGGUGACCUGGGUAUUACCCCUUAGAAAGAAAUCAUGAAAGGGUGCUAUGGUUCUCUUCGGCCAAAAAUGGGGUCUUGGUUGUAACGAUCACUUUCAGUAUGGAAGUAUAUGUACAUGGCCACCUUCACCGCUAUUAGCCAAUGGUGCAUUUCUUUAUUAUACUGUUGAUAAUCUAUUGACUGCCAGAAAUGAUGUGACACGUGUCUCAUCGUAAAUGACAAAGCUUUACAUUUGGCAA